AUGGACCUCGAAAAUAACGCCUCCAAUUCGAGUGCUGCAAUACCGCAGACCGAAAAGACCGUCGACAUUGACGCCAACCUUGGCGUGGAAGAGAAGAAGCAAGUCUACCGAAAACUAGUCCGGAAACUGGACUACCAUUUAUUACCAUGGCUCUGCAUCCUCUACCUGCUUGCCUUCCUCGACCGUGCCAACAUUGGUAAUGCCAAAAUCGCCGGUCUCACCCACGAUCUAGGCUUGAGUGUGCCCCAGUUCAACGCCACCUUGACCAUUUUCUACGUCUCGUACUCCGUAUUUGAGCCCUUGACCAAUGUCUUGCUCAAGAAGUUAAGACCCUCCGUCUUCAUCCCCGUCCUCAUGAUUAUCUGGGGUGCCGUCAUGACCUCCAUGGGCUUCGUAAAGAACUGGAGCGGCCUCAUGGCCGCCCGCUGGUUCCUAGGCCUCGCCGAAGCCGGCCUGUUUCCCGGCAUCAGCUUCUACCUUUCCUGCUGGUACAGGCGAUCCGAGCUCGGCGUCCGCACCUCCAUCUUCUUCUCCUCCGCCGCCAUUUCCGGCUCCUUUGGCGGCCUCCUCGCCGCCGCCAUCGAAAAGAUGGACGGCAUCGGCAACCUGGCGGGCUGGGCGUGGAUCUUCAUCCUCGAAGGCCUGCUGACCGUCAUCUUUGGCGUCGCCUCCUUUUGGGCCGUGUACGACUUCCCCGACGGACCCAAGACGCGGUUCCUCAAGCCCGAGGAGAAGCAACGCGCCAUCCUCCGCCUCAAGCAGGACAAGCAGGCUAGCGCCUCGUACGAAGCUUUCCAGAUGCUGUACGUCUGGCAGGCGCUCAAGGACUGGAAGACGUGGCUGGGCAUGAUCAUCUACAGCGGCGCCACCAUGCCCCUGUACGCCUUUAGUAUGUUUCUGCCCACCAUCAUCAUGGACCUCGGUUGGAACACGGGUGUGGUCAAGUCGCAGCUGUACAGCGUGCCCCCUUAUGUCCUGGCCGCCCUCUUCACCGUCGUCGUGGGGUACUUGGCGGACCGGGUGAACCGCCGAGGCAUUUUCAACAUACUCUCCUCCUUGCUCGCGGCCGUCGGCUUCGCCAUGCAGCUGGGGACCAGGAGCCCCGCCGCCCGCUACACGGCCACUUUUCUCGGCGCGCUGGGCAUCUACCCCUGCAUCCCCAACACCAUCUCCUGGGUGUCCAACAAUACCGAGGGCGUCUACAAGCGCGGUGUCGUGCUGGGCUUCGUCAUCGGCUGGGGUAACCUCAACGGCAUCGUCAGCUCCAACAUCUACUUCUCCAGCCCCAACUACGUCGAGGGCCACAGCAUCGUGCUCGCUUACUUGUGCCUGUUCCUCUGCGUCGGUAGCGCCCUCAUGAUGGUGCUGCUGAAGCUGGAGAAUAAGAAGAGGCUGGAAGGCAAGCGGGACGUCUGGGUCGAGGGGAAGACGGAAGCUGAGAUUCAUGCACUGGGCGACGAGCGGCCCGAUUUCUUAUACAUUAUUUAG